AGCCAUUUUGGCUCAAGAUGUUUCGUUUCGAUGGCUUGCUGCAACGACGAACAUGCGGCUGUCCUCUGUUCCGGUUGGCAUGCACUUCCGCCUUGGCCGCAUCGGUGAUGGUCGCUCUUCUCAGGAGGCGAAAUGCGCGAGCGCCCGCUGACUCCGACAGAGAGCUCGGAGGUUUCGCGGCCGCACGUGCUUGCGACAACAAGCGUUGCCUUGGAUCAGUCGGGUGGAGCACUGGAUGUGUUACAAUGACGGAGUGUUCGGGCUGCCCCCAGUGCAGCUACACGUGGCAAAGAAUGCUGGCCGUUGCACCGGCAGCGGCGAGUGCUGAAGCAUUGGCAGGGCGGCCACGGGCCGCGGCGGAGAGUACUACCAUGCUGGCCUACACCGGGCACGCCAUCGGUGGACCCGUUGCAAGCGCCAGAUCGAAUACUAGCUCCUGGUUCGCGCCUGCACGCCCAUCUGCGGACGAAAAGCCUGGUGAGAACGGGGCCGUGCCUUCGGCGAGGGAGGCCACCACAACCACCGAGACCACGACGUCUUCGUCCAACACUCGGCAGCCGUACUCGCUGCUUCCUCCAGAUCAGAGCUGUGCAUCGUACCAGCUCGCUGACGUGCUUUCCGAGGAUGAGUGUUUCGGAGAUGCUGUGCAGCAUAAUCGAGUUGGCUUGGGCGACAAGCAGACUAUCGGAAAGCCCACUUGGGAUGGCAUGAGUUUUUACGGCUGCGUGUAUAACAUUGAAGCGGACUUGGUCAUGUUCAACGAUCAGUCACCGAACCCGAGCUACACUUCAACACAACAACAAAACAUCUGCCUUGGCGUGGCAACCACAACCACCUCUUCAACCUUCACUAUCACAAGUUCGAGCACUUUGUCGAGCAGUGAGACCAGAAGCAGCACCAGCCCGACCAGCAGCACCAGCGAAACCACCACGACCCGGACCAGCAGAACCCUGACCAGCAUCAGCGAGAUCAGCGUGACCAGCAUCAGCGAGACCAGCAGCACCAGCGCGACCAGCAUCAGCGAGACCAGCAGCACCGCAACCAGCAGGACCCUGACCGGCACCAGCACGACCAGCAUCAGCGAGACCAGCAGCACCGUAACCAGCACCGGAACGACCAUCACUGGAACGACCAGCACAAGCGAGUCCAGCAUCACCGCCACUACUGUUUCCAACACGCAUCAGCCCUAUUCCUUGCUUCCUCCAGAUCAGAGCUGUGCAUCGUACCAGCUCGCUGACGUGCUUUCCGAGGAUGAGUGUUUCGGAGAUGCUGUGCAGCAUAAUCGAGUUGGCUUGGGCGACAAGCAGACUAUCGGAAAGCCCACUUGGGAUGGCAUGAGUUUUUACGGCUGCGUGUAUAACAUUGAAGCGGACUUGGUCAUGUUCAACGAUCAGUCACCGAACCCGAGCUACACUUCAACACAACAACAAAACAUCUGCCUUGGCGUGGCAACCACAACCACCUCUUCAACCUUCACUAUCACAAGUUCGAGCACUUUGUCGAGCAGUGAGACCAGAAGCAGCACCAGCCCGACCAGCAGCACCAGCGAAACCACCACGACCCGGACCAGCAGAACCCUGACCAGCAUCAGCGAGAUCAGCGUGACCAGCAUCAGCGAGACCAGCAGCACCAGCGCGACCAGCAUCAGCGAGACCAGCAGCACCGCAACCAGCAGGACCCUGACCGGCACCAGCGCGACCAGCAUCAGCGAGACCAGCAGCACCGCAACCAGCAGGACUUUGACUGGCACCAGCACGACCAGCAUCAGCGAGACCAGCAGCACCGCAACCAGCAGGACCCUGACCGGCACCAGCGCGACCAGCAUCAGCGAGACCAGCAGCACCAGCGCGACCAGCAUCAGCGAGACCAGCAGCACCAGCGCGACCAGCAUCAGCGAGACCAGCAGCACCAGCACGACCAGCAUCAGCGACACCAGCAGCACCGCAACCAGCAGGACCUUGACUGGCACCAGCACGACCAGCAUCAGCGAGACCAGCAGCACCGCAACCAGCAGGACCCUGACCAGCACCAGCGCGACCAGCAUCAGCGAGACCAGCAGCACCAGCGCGACCAGCAUCAGCGAGACCAGCAGCACCAGCGCGACCAGCAUCAGCGAGACCAGCAGCACCAGCGCGACCAGCAUCAGCGACACCAGCAGCACCGCAACCAGCAGGACCCUGACUGGCACCAGCACGACCAGCAUCAGCCACACCAGCAGCACCGCAACCAGCAGGACCUUGACUGGCACCAGCACGACCAGCAUCAGCGAGACCAGCAGCACAGUAAACCAUGAUCUGACGUGGCUCGGCAUGGACCAGAGUACAUCUAGCGCGGGAGUGACGAGCAUUGAAGUCAUGAUUCUGUUCGGUCUUGUCCUCGCGGGCGGCAUCGCUAUGUGGGUCUUUGCGGUCACAAUCAUCACGAGGUACCAGCGUCGAAAGCGCGCGGCAACAACCGCGCCCACGGACCUUCUUAGCCAUUCGGGUCAGCCUGGAGCCCUGCGGAUCAGUGCGCAAGCUUGCGACGCUGACCCUGGCACUGCGGGCGGGCCGGUCUCCCCGCCCCUGCCGCCGCGGGUCGGCACGGCGCCAGCGGGCACCCGUGGCCAGCCGUCUGCCAGCCUCGAGGGGGCCAUCCGCGAGGCUUUCGGGUCCAUGGGCGAGUUCAAGGCCCGCUUCGAGGCCCAGUGCGCCCGAGGUGGCUCCGCCUGGGCCUGGCUCGUGGUGACCGCUGACAGCAGGCUGGCUAUCACGUCCACGCUGAGCCAGGAAAACCCCUUCGUGGACGGCGCCGAGGAGGAUAUCCCUGGGGCCCCAAUCCUGGCCUGCAGCGUCUGGGAUCACGCCAGCGGCCUGGAGCAGUUCCAGUGCCAGCACCAAGCCUACAUGCAAGCUUGGUGGAGAGUGGUGAAUUGGGAGACCGUCAGUACAUUGUACGACGAGGCCCUCAAUAGCAAGGCCCCAACUACCGAGGGCAACCUUGUCGGUGAUACAACUGUGGAAUGUACUCAUAUGCCGCCGAUUGGCAGUGCGCCCUUGCAUCGGCCCGUGGCGAUACCUGAUAUUUGGUGAAUUCGGAUUGGCUUCGGUGAGCGAUGGCCCCGAUGCCCCCCCCCCGACUCAGGUACCACACACCCGGUUUCCGUCUCUCUUCUUCCUCCUCUUCUUCCUCCUCCUCCUCCUCCUCCUCCUCCUCCUCAUCUCCCUCCUCUUCAUCGUCCCGUUCCUCCCCUUCAAACGGCUGCGCCCUCUGCGCGGUCGUGUCUUUCGUGAGUAGACCCAACCCAAGUUGGUGCUCCCAUAUUUCGAAGGUAUAUUGCACUGCCUUAACUCCUUCCUGUGUAACAUGUCAUCCGUGUGCGGACACAGCUGCUUGCCGGCAUCAGCGAUGUGCGUCGCAGGCCGCAGUGGUCCCAAGCAGCCGUUUGGGGCCAACCCCUCUGCGCCAGCACGGGCGGGGACAUCUUCGCGGCGUUCUGCUUGCUGCUGGCGUGGCAUCUGUAUGAGCCAGGGGCACGACGUCACCCUGUCUACGCGCUGGCCAGCAGCCAGCCCGAAGGGAGGCUUGCUGUCGAAUGUGUUGGCGCUCCGCCCACCUCAUACAGCCAGCGCGUGGCCUGCGCCAGCGCACACACGCCGAGCCGACCGACAGCAUCCUCGCCACAACAACAGGCAGCCACGCGGCUUGCAGCGACCAGUGGCGGCGUGCGCGGCGUUCGCUCUUGGCGCCCACGGCUGUCGUUCGCCUCGGAGGCAAAGGCGAGGGCAGGCUGCCGCGUGUCUACGCGUGUCCUAUGCCACGGCGGGCCCGUACCAGGCCUUGGCCGUCCAGGCGAUGCCGCGUGUCCAGUGUCGCGGCGUGUUCCUCCUCUGUUUCACCGGUGGCGAGCCCCGCACCGCGUCGCCGCGUGUCGUGGUCUUUGAUUGCAUGGCUCCAGUAUCACUCACCCAUCCUCAUCCCCGUCAGGCCACGGUAUCUCAGCCCUCUGAUUAACGCAUCAACGUACGGACAA